ACGGUAGCGUAUCAAAUUACCAUCCUCGUGCCCAUAUCGGAGAACAUGCAGCGUAUUUCACGUUUGUGGAAAGGAAACAGGCUCAUCUAUUUCCCCCUUGUGAGUACUGUAACCCUUGCAAUGUAAUUAUAUGUAUAUAUAUAUUUAUAAAAUCAGUAACUUUUUUAUUUAUAUAUGCAAAUGUGAUGGUGCACUUGCAAGUACAACCUCUGCAGUUGUGCACACGCCGAAGUCCGUUCGACUCCAGCAGGCAGCAGGUCACGUCCAGCGCAUCGCCGCGCACAAGGGCGAACAGAAAAGAGAAACUAUUCGGGAGCCGUUGGCUGUCCCCCCUCCAUUGCCGGCCACCCAUCACCUUCCCCUCCCGCCCGCGCCCUCGCCCCCGCGUCCUCGCCACCGCCUAAUCGGCUGACCCGCCCGCCUUCCCACAUCCGCUCCCCCGCGCGCCCGGCCACGCUCCGCCACCCCGAUGGCCGCCACCCCGCCGUCGUCGCGGGACCCGUCGCCGCAGCCCCGGCGGCCGGCCUCCUCCGCGGGGGCCCCCAAGCGCGCGGGCCUCCUGCUCGGUCGCUACGAGCUGGGCCGCCUCCUCGGCCACGGCACCUUCGCCAAGGUCUACCACGCCCGCCACGCCGACACCGGCGAGGCCGUCGCCAUCAAGGUUCUCGACAAGGAGAAGGCCCUCCGCAACGGCCUCGUCCCGCACAUCAAGCGCGAGAUCGCCAUCCUCCGCCGCGUGCGCCACCCCAACAUCGUCCGCCUCUACGAGGUCAUGGCCACCAAGUCCAAGAUCUACUUCGUCAUGGAGUACGUCCGCGGCGGGGAGCUCUUCGCGCGCGUCGCCAAGGGCCGCCUCAAGGAGGACAUCGCGCGCAGGUACUUCCAGCAGCUCAUCUCCGCCGUCGGCUUCUGCCACGCCCGGGGCGUCUUCCACCGCGACCUCAAGCCCGAAAACCUCCUCGUCGACGAGCGCGGCGACCUCAAGGUCUCCGAUUUCGGACUCUCGGCCGUUGCCGACCAGUUCCACACCGACGGGCUUCUCCACACCUUCUGCGGCACGCCCUCCUACGUCGCGCCGGAGGUGCUCGCGCGCCGCGGCUACGACGGCGCCAAGGCGGACAUAUGGUCGUGCGGUGUCAUCCUGUUCGUGCUCAUGGCAGGCUACCUUCCGUUCCACGACCAGAACCUCAUGGCGAUGUAUCGCAAGAUUUACAGGGGGGAAUUCCGGUGCCCGAGGUGGUUCUCCAAGGAUCUUACCAGUCUCCUGAAUCGUGUGCUUGACACCAACCCAGAGACGAGGAUCACCGUGGCUGAGAUCAUGGAGAGCAGAUGGUUUCUGAAGGGGUUCCGACCGGUCAGGUUCUAUGUCGAGGAUGACCAGGUGCACAGUUUGGCAGACGAUGAGAAUGAGGUGCCGGACCUGGGGCCUAGUCAGCCUCCUCCUCAGCCACCGCCACCGCCACCGCAGCAAGAGGACGAAGGUGAUGACUCUGGGUGGGAAUCAGAUUCGUCAGUAGCAUCCUGCCCAGCCACAUUGUCAUCGGAGGAGAGAAGACGACCCCUUGGGUCUCUCACACGGCCAGUAAGUCUAAAUGCGUUUGAUAUCAUAUCAUUCUCAAGAGGAUUCAAUUUGUCGGGGUUGUUUGAGGAGCGUGGCAACGAAGUGAGGUUUGUCUCAGCACAACCCAUGCAAACGAUUGUAACAAAACUGGAGGAGAUUGCAAAGGUGAAGAGCUUUGUAGUUCGGCGGAAGGAUUGGCGGGUGAGCCUGGAAGGCACGAGGGAAAGUGAGAAGGGUCCAUUGACAAUUGCGGCCGAGGUAUUUGAGCUCACACCAAGCCUUGUGGUGGUGGAGGUGAAGAUGAAGGCAGGGGACAGGGAAGAGUAUGAGGACUUCUGUGAGAGGGAGUUGAAACCUGGGUUGCAGAACCUUGUGCACCAUACAGCCUCCGUUCCAGAUAUACCUUCUGAUACUGAGUAGCUUGUCAGGAUGGAUGGAUGGGUGCCUCAGCUUUAUUUUGGUGUGGAAGGGAAAUUGGUAACAUAAAGAUGACAGCUACAGGUCAAAGAUGCAUAUGGACACAAAAGUAAGUUUCCCAAAUGCUGUAAGAUUUUUAUUUAGUUUUUUGCAUGUUAUAUUUUGUUUCCCUAUCUAAGGGUUUUUGCAGGUUAUUUUUAACAUGAAGCUCCAUGUGCCAGAUCCAACCAGCUCAGUGGGAGGCUUCAUUCUUUUCCCUCAUUGAUUCAUUACAUUUUUUUGUAAUGCACCACCAAAGCCAGCUGUCACUUUAGGUACUCGGAGAGGCCUCGGAGCCUGCUGUCAUAGAGUAAAAGCACGAGCAAAUGCAUAAAACACAAGCAUGCGCAAAGUCAAGUGCAUAUGCCAGUACAAUAUCGAAGCUGUUUUGUUGCAGCCUGCUUUAUGCUGAUUUGAAUCAGACUUAACGUGUGGUAUUAUUUAUGUUCUCCAGGCUUGUAUUGGUUAAACAAACAGCAUCUCAGCUUGAAACUAACAGCGCCCGCUGGCUCAACGUGUCAUUAAAUCUGAACUAAGUUUGCUUCCUCCAGAAAUCUGCUGACAGAAACAUUCAUCAGCAGGUUUCUGAACUAUACUAUUUCAAGGUUCAUUGGUCACUUUUGUCGAGCAGUUGAGUCCACCCACAGCUGCUGUCGCAGUUUUCUUCCUGUUUGCUAUUAUCUGUGUAGAACUUUCAAAACCUUGAACGGUACCCACAGUGCUGCUGGCUGCUGCAAGGAAGAUAUUUUGGGCUGUAGGGACUUGUGUUCUUCCUGGGAAGGGCCUAGCAACCCUGUGGUCAAGCAAGGCCACAGCUGAUGAUCGAGAAUGGAGGAAAGGCGCAAGACUGUUGCUGUGUACAGGGUUUAGUAGAAAAUGCUCAACAUCUCUGCUUCGGCAAUUACCUGAUUUUUGGUAGUUUUGAAAUUUAGAUCAGUGCGAACAUUGGUCCAUUAUGCAACGAAAAUACGAAAUACCUUGUGGUGAUCAUCUAGUC